AUGUACAACUCCUAUUCCACUGAAGAAAGGACCUUGGAGAGCUACCUGUGGUGGCUGUCUGGAACAGACCAGCUCAUCCCUAAUUACAGCUGCAGAGAGCAAGGAAAGGUUGUGGCUGUCAUUGGAGGAGCCACGUCAGCUCUCUCUGUUCAGAUGGGGACCCUGCUUGACCUCUACCAUUUACCCCAGCUGCACUCCUACCUGAAGAACACCCAGUUUAAGAAUGCCGUUGGUGAGCAGGUGUUUGUGGAUGAGAACAGACGAAGAAUCUAUGACCCGUGUGGUGUACUCUCCAUGACUGACAGGUGCAGCUGGGUUCCCUCUGCGGUAUGUAGUGCCAGUUGUCCUGCUGGAUUCAGGAAGUUGCCUUUGGAGGGGAAGCCUCCUUGUUGCUUCAGCUGCUCCCCAUGCUCAGAAGGAGAAAUCUCCCGUCAUAAGGAUGCUGAGCAGUGUAAGAAGUGUCCAGAGGAUGAAUAUCCCAAUGAGCAGAGAGAUCGCUGCCUCCCCAAGAUUGUGACCUUCCUGGAUGUGAAUGAACCCUGGGGGAAGGCAGUGACAGCUGUGGCUGUUUCACUCUCAUUCCUCACGGCCCUGGUUCUGUGGGUCUUUGUGAAAUUUCAAGACACUCCCAUAGUCCAAGCCAAUAACAGGAACCUCAGCUACCUGCUCCUCACUUCCCUUUCCUCCUGCUUCCUCUGCUCCUUGCUCUUCAUAGGCCGACCCACAACGGCUUCCUGCCUUUUCCGACAAACAGUAUUUGCAGUUGUGUUCACGGUGGCUGUUUCCUCCAUUUUGGCCAAAACCAUCAUCGUGGUUCUGGCUUUCAGGGUGACAGGGCCAGGGAGCAGGAUGCGGAUGUUCCUUCAUCCUAGAGCGCCCUACUGUGUGGUUCUCAUCUGCUCCGGAAUCCAAGGGCUUUUCUGUGCCAUCUGGUUGGGGACCCAUCCCCCCUUUCCAGAGGCAGACACAAGCUCUGAAUCCAGGCACAUCAUCCUCACAUGUAACGAGGGCUCCACCUUUGCAUUUUACUGUGUCCUGGGCUACAUGGGCUUUCUGGCCCUGGGCAGCUUCACCAUAGCCUUCCUGGCCAGGAACCUACCCGAUGCCUUUAACGAAGCCAAGUUCAUCACGUUCAGCAUGUUGGUGUUUUGCAGCGUCUGGGUCUCUUUCCUCCCCACGUAUCAGAGUUCCAAAGGGAAAGCCGUGAUGAUUGUGGAGAUCUUCUCCAUCUUGGCCUCCAGUGCCGGGUUACUAGGCUGCAUUUUUAUUCCCAAAUGUCUUGUGAUUCUCCUGACAUCGUGGAAAAAUAACACAAAACAGAACAAGAGUCAAAGGAGUUCCAGGAGUAAGGGUUUUUCUUUUUUUAAUUUGAUAUCUUUAUUUUCCCCCGUUUCAUGUAAAACAAUAUUUUUAAACUUUUUUUAAUGCUUUGACUUCCACAUUUUCUCCCUUCUUUCCCAAUCCCAGAACCAUUGAGAUAUUACACAUGCAGUUACACAAAAUAGUUAUAGAAAUGUCUUUUUGAGAAAUAUACAUGCAUCAUUCCUUGGGUUAAUAAAAAGAACUGUUAAAAAUAAAUUUUUUACAGACUGUGUAACAUCAACAGUUUCAUCAUAAAGACCUUCAGAGUAGUUUUAGAUCAUUGUGUUGUUGAAAAAGCAAAAUUAUUUGCAGGCGACCACUCCACUCUUGCUUGACUUUGUACACAUUACAUUUCAGUUUUCAUAUUUUCAUGUACGUUCUUCCAGAUUUUUCUGGUCAUCAUACUUACAGAAUCAUCAAAGUAUUCCAUCACAAUUACUUAAGACACUUUCUUCAGCCAGUCUGCAUUUGAUGAAAAUUCCCUCAAUUUACAAUUCUUUCCCCAAGAAAAGAGGUGACAUCAAUAUUUUUUGUAUGUAAAUUUACUUUUCCUUUUUUUCUUGAUCUUGUUGGUUUCAAGCUAAGUAGUGGUAGUUUUUUCUGGAUUGAAUUCACAAAAUUUUAUGGCCAUUUCAACAUAUACAUUUUAAUCAAUCAAUGUCUAUUGGGGAUUAGCUCAUAUUUUAAUAUAUUUCUUUCCUUAAUCUAUACAUUUGAGAAGAGCUGGCUGCAGCAAAGAAAAUUGCUUCAAAAUUGUUUUCAAAAUUACUAUUGCUAAACUACAUUUUCCCCAUUUAUUCUAUUUUGUUUUUUUUUCAAAUUUAUCCCUCAUGAAAGGCUUUUACUUUUCACCACACAUUUCACAAUAUUGCCUCUCUUUUCUCACCCUAGUCCCUGCUCUUAUUCCUUUAUCUCCCUACUAUCUUACAAAAUAAUAUAGAUUUCUAUAUCUAUGUUGAAUGUGUAUGUUAUUUCCUCUUACAGCUGUGUGGGAAAAAGAUGAAGAACUUAUACAUUAAGCACAUAUUGAUCAGGGACUGUUAGCUAAAGCCUGAAAGGCCUCAGUUUAGGAAGUGUGUGAUUUUAGAUAAGGUCUGGACUAUAUUCUAUUGUUCAAAGAGGUCACUAGUGGGAAAGCUAUACAUCUAUUGCAUCCCAUUGACCAAAUAGGGGAAUAGACUUAUGUGACCAAUCACACCAUAUAGAGGGUGGAAUUUGGGGUCGUUCUUUGUCUGAAAUGUAUAAAUACUGUGAACAUUUUCAAGGAAGUGCCCCUCUCCUGCUAUGAAUUCGGCUCACAGACCAGGAUGGGCUCCGCAUCUCAGGAUUCUAAUAAAUAAUUCUGCUUUC